AUGAAUAACGGCCAGGUGACUGACCUAUCCUCUUGUACACUCCAGAGCGUCGUCAAUGCCGUCGAUGCCUUCGAGGAGGAAAAGGGGCUCGUCCUUUGCCACCUUCGACCGUCCGCAUUUUCGAAGCUGAUGCCGUUUUUCUCCGUGCCCCAAGGCUACUACGCGCUCGUCCAGCGCGGCGGAAAAUUUGCCGACUACGGAGAAAGCGGAAGUCCCGUGUGGCCCCCGGGGCUUCACUUCGGCGCUCUCAAGCGGGUGGCAUACCUGAUCACCAAGCAGAGUAUCGUGUAUCACUGCAACGUCAAGCGCUGCAUCACGCGCGACAACAUCCCGAUUCUAGUCCGGGCAACUCUGGUGCUGAGGGUAAUGGGGGAUGCCGAGAAAGGCGAGGACCCCUCUCUCGUUAGAAAGUUCGUGCACGAGGUCGGUGUUCGAGGCCUUGAAGCCCAGCUCGUCAACGCGGUGGCAGAAGCCAUCCGCGUGAUGGCAAGAGCUACGACGCAUAAGGCCGUGUACGCUCUGAUAUCAGGACCAGAUGCCGGCCGCGACCAUCCCAGAUCUCCCCCGACGCCGUCCACCGCCAACACCCCGGCAUCUACCGCCGAGGAACACUCGGAACAGAACGGGGGAGCAGCAGCAACCUCGGUAGCACUGGAGCGGACACGACAGGGCUCGAUCAUAAAACGGGUGAAAGUCGCUCCGGAUCCUUGUUCGGAUGUGGAAUCCCUCGCGGGGCGAGCGAUGGCCACCGCUUCCACUAUACCUGCCACGGCCGCAACCGCCGCCGAAAGCACCACCGCCGCCGCGGUCAGCCCCGGCACGACUACGGCGGUCGAGCGUGUGCAGGUAGAGCCUUCGCCGCCGAUGCCCUCGCCGUUGCCGGCAAUCCAGCGCGGCUUGCGCGCGAGCCGGAUCUUCCCCUUGCCUGACGCUGCCGCAGCGACUCUAGGUCAAGACGAGGAAAGCCUCGGGGCACCGUUCCCGUUGGUGCUCGACGAUCGCAGACGCGUCCAUCCGUCGGAGGCGUUGUUGUCCGCGGUCUGUGGGGAUGGAGGCCAAGACCCCCUCGAAGGUCUCGGUAGCGGCGGUUGUGGCGGCGGCGGCGGCGGCGGACCCCGAAAAGUCGCAGACGGAGGAGUUAAGGGGCGGAUUCCGUCACGCCCGCCACCGGCUGCGACCAACUUGGACCUGACUUCGAGCCAGUCCGCGGUCUCGUCGGCCUCGACCCUGCCCCCGCUCGAGCUCGAUGUUGCACCGCUGCCGUGCCUUUCCCCGACGCCCUGUAGCACCGCCGCGAAAGGUGAAACGACGUCCGGCGGCGGAGACGACGGCGAUGCUGCUGUGGACAUCGCCAAUGAACAACACCGCCGACGUGGUGGUACUGAAGGGCGGCGGGCCUCUUCAACGGCGGGGGCAAUGGCGGCGCAAGCCACGAAGGAGGAGCAAGACAGCAGCAACAGCAACAGCGAUGAUGACGACGCGUUUCUCGGGAGUCGACACGUCGACGAAGUCAGACACAGCCUCAACCGGACGUUCGCCCCUCAGGGGGUAGAGAUCACAACCGUGAUGAUCCGCUCCGUGGAACUCCCGUCCCAUAUCGUGACCCAGAUGUCCCGAAGGACCAUGAACGCCUCCAUCGCCGAGGAACAGCGGGCCGUGAAGAGGUCGGAGUCGCAGAAGGUUCGCCAGGAGGGCGAGUUCCUCGAGCUGAAGCAACUCUGCGAGAUCGAGAGAGCGCUCGCCUUGAGGGAGGGGGACCGGGAAGUGGCAAAGGCCAAGGACAGGCUGCGGGGGCUCCGUGCCCGAGCGGAAGCCACCAUGCGGGCCAUUGCCGCAGAGUCCGCGUCCGCGGUUCAGCGACAUGCGUCCGAGGCCCAGCGGGAGGUCUCGCGGACCCGCUUGGAGGAGAUGUCGGUGACGGGCUCGAGGGCGUGUUUUUCGAGCAGGGUUGCCGGGGUAGCGGAAGCGGAGGCGGCCGCGUUUAGGACGCGGAGGGAGUCGGAGGCCCAACUCGAGGUGGCGCAAAAUUGUGCUCGUGCCCGGCGCCUGGUCGACAAAGCGGAGGGAGACGGGGCGCCGAUGCUCCGGGCGGCACGGAACCAUCUCAUGCACGACAAGCGCCUCCAGGUGCUUGGCUCCUUGUCAAACAACGACCUCGCUCUGGUCGUGUCCUCGCCGGUGAUAACGUCGGCCGCCUCCUCGGAGGGGAGGAGGGACGGCGGGGGGUUCGCCACAUCUCUCGCACCGAAGCAGACGGUGGACGCGCUGACGGCUCUCCUGCUGGCCGAGGAGGGCUUCAAGGCGCAGCAGGCUGUUGCCGUAGGGGUGGAGGAGGACAGGGUGUCGCCAAGGUCAAGAAGAAGAAGAGGUGGAAAAGGAAAGGCGCCGGCAUCGUCGUCGCGGCCCCUGCUGCCUUCGUCCGUGGUAGAGCGUCGGCGGAGGAUUGAGCUCGGGGCGCAGCUGGCGCUGGCGAGGGCUCUCGGUAGGUCACCCCGCGGGGCAGGACGUCGUCGGGACUGCUCUCCUUGGUCGCUCUCCUCCUUUUGCUCUUCGUUCGCGGUUAGACUCGACCCGAGACCCGCGCCGCCGAGGACCUCUUCUGGGAAGGACAAGGGGGGAGGAGGAGCGUCCCGCGAGGAGGGGGAGGAGGAGGAGGAGGAGGGUGGU